AGCCAUGUUUACAUAAAACACCAAAGAGAUCACUGAGUAGGAAAUCCCGAAUACCUACUUUCAGCUCCCCUGUUAAUGACACCGAUAUACAGCAAGAAAUCUUUUGGGAUCCUCAUUCACCAAUCGCACGCAGACUAGGGAAUGGAAAAACCAAACAGUCUACCCGUAGAUGCGCCGUAGAAAUUUCAGAAAUCGUUAAUCGUAUUGCUCCUCAGGAUGAAAAAGCAGCCUGUAAUGAAGGCUCCCUUUUAGGGACGUGGAUCGGUGAGGAUGCUAUCCCCUGUACACCUGCAGUAGUAAAAGUGCGAGCUAGGACAAAGUUAAGUUGCACCAGAGAUCUUAAAAUAAAAAAUCCUGAAGAUGAACUCAUGAAAUUGGCUAAGGAGUUUGAUAAAAAUCUAGUAGAGCUAGAUGCUGGUCAGGAACAAGAGAAGCUUGGUCAUGACUUCAUCCAGACUGCCUCAGAAUCUCUGCAUAAUUCUAAAGAUGAAGUACAUAUGAAGAACUUGAAGUCACUCCUUGGUGAAGUUUCGGAAACAGAUACUGCUCUGUCCCUGAAACCAGUUGGACAGAGCACUGGCAUCCCUGCUGCAGAGCCUCGUCACUCUAGCAGUCAAAAAUCUGUGGACCUUCAGGCUGAAUCGGACCUUCGUGCUCUUUUUGACUGCUCUACCCAGAAGUGUAGUGGACAGUUAAGCCCAGGACUAUCAGAUACUUCUUUAAAUAAUAGUUUCCAUGAAAAUAAAAGCGCUUUGGAGGAGGAGCACCUUCCUGAGCAAAUUAAAAUCUGGCAUCAUGGUAAUUCAGAGGCACAUCAAAAAGAUACUUCAUGUGCACUAGGAAGCUUGAAUAAGACUUUUCCAAAACCUGAUGUUCGCAUGUUGACAAACAAAAAUCCUCCUCCUCCUCCUCUGAAGACACAAUUGACUGUCUCCAGUAAGAUUGCUGGCACAGUUAGUGAUGACUUUGAUGACUGGGAUACAGAUCUUUUGGCAGAUGACUCUUUUGUGAUGCAGAUAACCCAAAAUCCUGAACUGAUAAGUGCAGAAGAAACGCCACCAGUUCCUACAAAUCCACCUGUGCCUGGUUUCAAUGAAGCAACCAGAACAAAGGAGAGAAGCAGUUGCAAUUCAGUAAUUUGUUUGGGCAGUGUACAUAAAUCUAACAGUUCGCAGCUUUCUCCUUUGAAACAUUCUAGUAAAAACACGCAAAAUGUUGUAAAAUCUCUUUCUUUACAAAAAACACGUAAGAGAGAAAAUUCAAAGAUGGAGACCGUAGCCUUUCAUGGGAGAUGUGAUGUUAAACCAGAUAAAAUAAAUUCUAUUUGGAAAAGUGCCCCAAAGAGUGAUUUGAACCAUAUUCCUGCUUCAGCGCAAUCUGAAGUGAAGAACGGAAAUGAAACUGUUCAGCCUAAAAAUGACCCGCUUCCUCUUUUUCCUUCAAGAUCCAAUCCUCAUAGACAAUGGACUGUAAAAGCUGGGAAUAACACACACAGUGUUUUCUGUCAAUCGUCCAGUGAUUCUCCCAAUACAAAACCUAAUGAACUAACUAAAGCGGUAAACCAAGCUAACAGAGGUCGCUUAAAUCAAGUUGAAACACCAAAGAAAUGUCCCCUGUCGUUCGACGAUUGGAACGAACCGAAAUUCUCUGAGGAGAUCUUAGAUAUGUUUUGUGAAUCCGACAGCGUUUGGGAUGCAAACUGUGAGGAUGAUGAGUUGUUGUAUCAGGUGUGUGAUGAUAUAGAAAAGCAGACCCAGAGCCAGGAUGUUAAACAAGGAAAUGAAAGAGCUAAAACUAUGCAAGGAGCCAGUAUUAAUUCCAGAUCGAAUGCUGAUAACAGCUUCCCAGCGUCUAAACAAGGGCUGUCCGAUCCCUGGGCACAAAGAACAAAUGCAAAACAAGACGCUUUCUCACUGAACGAUUCCUGCAGGAAUUCAUCAAAGGUUACACGUGGUCUGAGCACGACAGGUCACGCAGCGAACUGUAAAAACAUCUCAACUCCUCUAACUGCGAUCUCAGGUACUUCGAUGGAGUGUAAAUACACAGUGUCUGAAAAGUGUCAUCAAGCUGCUUCUGAAGAUACUACAAAGACUGUUUCAGGAAAAUGGUACAGGUCAAAUUCUGUGCCAGCAGGAGAGACUGGUUCUGAAGGAAGUCCUGUUAACACAGUAAACAUUUUUAGUAGCAAAACCUUAGACAACCCAGAUCUUUUGUAUAACGCAGGAAAGAUGCCAAGUAGCAGUUCUGGUAACCAGACGUCACUUAUGCCUUCAAAGUUUAAGUUCCAAAAGACUAACAAGUCUCAGGGUGCUCUUUAUGUAGCGUCUGAUAAUCCAGGGAGUCAUUCUGGCACUGGAAUUGCUCUGCAGAGUUUGGAAGGAAGCAAGAGUCAGGUGAAUGUGACUUUGCACAGCAAGCUUGACAAUAAAAAAUCACCUUUCAAGAGGCACCUUUCAGAGUCGUCUGCACUGCCGACAUCAGCGUGUGUGGUGGAACAAAAAAAUAGAAAAUGUUCUCAAGAAGAGAUCGAAAGGAAAAAACAAGAAGCUCUUGCACGAAGGAAAUCCAGAAUGCAGGCAUGCUUCAAAAAUGCUUGA